AUGGGGUGCACUUCUUCUGUUUACGCAGUAGGGAAAAGGAAGAACAGGCCAAUCAUACCAGAAAUAGUCGUGUUUACUCCUUCCAUGCGAAUUCCCGCACAUACUGAUCUUCAACGGGCCCUUAAAGGACUUGUUCCCUGCCAUCUUUCCCGUAGAUUGGCGUGUCUUCGCAACCAGAUUGGUGUGGUGGCAGAGGACACGGGUGGAUCCGCUAUUGCUGAACUGAGAUGGGCACUGGAGGAGUACUUGCCACUUCUGAUUGGGCUAACCAGAAAAGAAAAUGGUCUUGAAGACUUGGUGGAAUUCAAUUGGAAAACUGCAGAAGAUGGAAAACAAGAAACCCCUGUGGCGAACUCCUGGUUUGAAUUACUUUCCGUUCUUCACAUGAUGGCAAUGCUGACAUUGUCAGAGGCUAACUCCUUGAUGAUCCCAAAAGAUUACUCUGGCAAUGGUGUAAGGGUUGUAUCUUCAGAUUGCAAGAGAGAAACUGUUGAUUUGCUGCUUAAAGCAUCAGGUUACUUGGAGUUCUGUUUCCAGGAAGUAUUGCCUCAAAUGCCAACUAAUAUUAGGGAAGGAUUGUCAAAAGAUUUGCAAGAUGGAGUAUUGGAGGCUGUUUCUAUUCAAGCAUUAGGACAGGGAACUGAAAUUCAGCUUGGAUUAGCAGUUGAAAGUCAAAAGGCUACUUUAUCAGUGAAGAGGAGAUUAGCAUGUGAACAACUGAUAUAUUUCAGUCAGGCUUAUCACUGCUUGUCUGGAUGUGACACCAGUCAUGGCUAUGGAAAGAAGCAUCUCUGCUUCAUCAAAUGGAAAUUCCUUGAAGCAAAGGCAGCAGCUUACUACUACCACGGUUUGAUUCUUGACAAAGGCAAUGAACCUGUCGGUCACGUUAGCGCCAUGUGCUGCUUUCUUGCUGCAGAAGAACUUUUGGCAGAGAGCAAGAGGGCCUGCUUAAGCUUUUGCCUUGCAGCUCCUGUGACCAGGGCUCCUCCACCUUGGGGAUCUAUGAAGCAUUUACAUCAAAAAAUUCCGGAAGUUGCAUCAAGGAAAUCCCAGAUGUAUGGCUACCUCCUAGAAAAAGAGAAGGAACUUCAAGCAUUGCCGGAUCUACCGGAUUUCCAACUAUCAUUAAGUCCUGAUGAUUAUGAAUUGCCUGAAAUUGAUCCUGCAUGGGAUACAGAAAAGUGGGAGCUACAAAGCCACACCCUAAAACAGCACCUCCAAGAUGGCGAAGGCGAGAUCACAACAGAAUGAUAUAUUGUUUGAAGCAUCUGAAAACCACAGAGGACUCAAGGUCUACAUUCUAUUGUCUCCCUUCAUUAUGAAUUUCUGAUAAUACGCAAUUAUCACUUUGUUAUGCAGUGCAUUCAAACUCUUGAUACCUAAUGCAACGAUUACAUAUAUCAAACAGAGGAGGCUUUCUGUUUUACAAUUCCAAAGCAUGAAUAGUGUUUCUAUA